AUCCCCCACCUCCCUUACCCCUUCCUUCCUGGGUUCGAAUUCUCCCGGGAGUCACUGUCAGCCCGACUGGGAGGGGAGCACAGAAGGGAGAUACUGUCUUAUGAGCCCCACAGACUUGUCUCAGGCCAGUCCAAUUCUGUCCCCCUGUUUCAGCAUCCUCUGGGAGCUGGCUGGAGCCCGGAGGGAGGGGCCCUGGAGAAAAGGCAGUUUGCUAUUCCCUGUCCUGGGCCUCCCUGCAAGUUCCCUGGCCUGCCUGGUUCUGACCCCUCCCUCACUCCCUCACAGAGGCCCUGCCGGAUACAGGAAGCCCAGGGCCCAGAGGUCGAGCCUGUCACCCUUGGCCUCCCAGAUCAGGGCUAAGCCAAGGGACCUCUGUCCUUUGGGUGGGGACACUGGGCAGGGCCUCUGUCCUAGUUGGAGGUAACACUGGGCAAUUAGGACCAUGUCCCCACCUGCUAACAGUUUGGUCAGCCCAGUCUCUUAGGCUUCUCAGGGCCAAGGCCAGGUGUCAGGAAGGGGCGUGUCCAGCCACUAGAUUCUUGGAGCUUAACUAGGGGUUGACCUCUCCCCCGUUUUGUAGACCUGGGAACUGAGGCUCAAAGUGGGAAGUUGCUGUCCCAGGCCUCUGGCAGAGUUUUGCCAUCUAUCUUUGCAUCCCCCACUUUUCAGGUGGUGGGUUUCUGUUGGUGGAGGGCAACCAAAAAGGCACCUUCAUCCACCAGGGACAUAGACUCCUAGCCUGGCUCAUGGGACCCUGUGAAGUGAGCAUGUGCUCCCCUACAGAGGGCUGGAGAGGAGGGAGAGGACUUCCGGCCCCAGCUCUGCUGGGUAUGGGCUGAGACAACUCUGCAUUGCCCAUGGGAUUUCCCCCCUGGUACCUGAGGCUGAGUCCCACUGAUGGGGAUUUGCUCUCAUGGUACCAAGUGGUAGGUUGGCUUUCCUGUGACACGGGGACGCCAGACCUUUUGAGAAGAUGUCAGCAAUACAGGCCGCUUGGCCAUCUGGUACAGAAUGUAUUGCCAAGUACAAUUUCCAUGGCACUGCUGAGCAGGACCUUCCCUUCUGCAAGGGAGAUGUGCUCACCAUUGUUGCUGUCACCAAGGACCCCAACUGGUACAAAGCCAAGAACAAGGUGGGCCGUGAGGGUAUCAUUCCAGCCAACUAUGUCCAAAAGCGGGAGGGCGUGAAGGCCGGCACCAAACUUAGCCUCAUGCCCUGGUUCCAUGGCAAGAUCACACGGGAACAGGCAGAGCGGCUUCUGUGCCCACCAGAAACGGGUCUGUUUCUGGUGCGGGAGAGCACCAACUACCCUGGCGACUACACGCUGUGUGUGAGCUGUGAUGGCAAGGUGGAGCACUACCGUAUCAUGUAUCAUGCCAGCAAGCUCAGCAUUGACGAGGAGGUGUACUUCGAGAACCUCAUGCAGCUGGUGGAGCACUACACCUCGGAUGCAGAUGGACUCUGCACUCGGCUCAUCAAGCCAAAGGUCAUGGAGGGCACAGUAGCAGCCCAGGAUGAGUUUUUCCGCAGUGGCUGGGCGUUGAAUAUGAAGGACCUGAAGCUGCUACAGACCAUAGGGAAGGGGGAGUUUGGAGAUGUGAUGCUGGGUGAUUACCGAGGGAACAAAGUGGCUGUCAAGUGCAUUAAGAAUGAUGCCACUGCGCAGGCCUUCCUGGCUGAAGCCUCGGUCAUGACGCAACUUCGGCAUAGCAACUUGGUACAGCUUCUGGGUGUGAUCGUGGAAGAGAAGGGCGGGCUCUACAUCGUCACCGAAUACAUGGCCAAGGGGAGCCUGGUGGACUAUCUUCGGUCACGGGGUCGGUCGGUGCUGGGUGGAGACUGUCUCCUCAAGUUCUCACUAGACGUCUGUGAGGCUAUGGAAUACCUAGAGGGCAACAACUUUGUGCACCGGGACCUGGCUGCCCGAAAUGUGUUGGUGUCUGAGGACAACGUAGCCAAGGUCAGCGACUUUGGCCUUACCAAGGAGGCCUCCAGCACCCAGGACACAGGCAAGCUGCCAGUCAAGUGGACAGCCCCCGAGGCCCUGAGAGAGAAGAAAUUCUCUACCAAGUCUGACGUGUGGAGCUUUGGAAUCCUCCUCUGGGAAAUCUAUUCCUUCGGGCGAGUGCCUUAUCCAAGAAUUCCCCUGAAGGACGUUGUCCCUCGGGUGGAGAAGGGCUACAAGAUGGAUGCCCCUGACGGCUGCCCGCCUGCAGUCUAUGAGGUGAUGAAGAACUGCUGGCAGCUGGACACCACCGCGCGGCCCUCCUUCCUGCAGCUCCGAGAGCAGCUUGAGCACAUCAGAACCCACGAGCUGCGCCUGUGACAUCCGGGCUUGCCCAGGUCAUGGGCCUCUGGGGACUGAACCUAGAAAUACUGGACCUUGUGCCCCCACUCGCUGGGCCCAAGCCUGAACUGAGCCCAGUGGACCUUUUUUCUCUGUCCCAGCCUUUGCCCCCUUCGGCCACCCCAGGGACCCUACCUAGGCCUGGCACCUUCUCUCAUGGACGCAUCUGUGGGGUUCGGAGUGCCCCACUGAAGGCCAAGAAGGGAGGAGGCUGAGGAGCAGGAGGCAGAUGCCCUGGCAUGGUCAGCUUUCCCUGGCCUCCCAUCUCACCUUCCUAGAGUUUUAUUUCUUUCCUUUUUUGAGGUUCUUUUCCAUGUGCUUAUUUUUUAUUGUUUUUCAAGAUAAGGAGAAAGAAAGUACCCAGCAAAUGGGCAUUUUACAAGAAGUACGAAUCUUAUUUUUCCUGUCCUGCCCAUCAGGGUUGGGGAAACCAGGCCCCUCUGCAGAGAUCCAUUGCCCCAGCCUUGUCCCCAUUCUGUGUUCCAUGUUCUGUGUUGCCUCGGUCGCCCUGUGUUUGCGCUUGACCAUGUUGCACUGUUUGCAUGCGCCCGAGGCAGACAGCUGUCAGGGGCUUGGAGCUCGUGGGUGCUGCUGCCACCUGGAACCCUAAUAAACCACUCCAUGAGGACACCGCUGCCCAGCCUUGGCGCUCACUUCGUGGAGCCUGCCUGCCCCCAUCCCCUAUCCCUGUGUCAUCUUGUCCAUCCCCCUGUCUCUGUGAGUGGGGCUGUGCUUGCCCUGUGAAGGGAGCGGGUGGGGAGCACGGCUGGCGGAGGUGGCCACCGCUUUGUGUCAGCGCACCCGCGAGUGUCCUGUGUCUGCCAUGGGAGCUGUCACCACCUGCCCUCCCCCACCACAUUGCUGUAGCCCAGGCUUAGCCCUGGGACUGUCUGGGCUCUGGGGUCCUGGCUGCCUCUCCUGCUGUGUUGUUCAAGCCAUCAGCACAGGGAGGGCUGGAGCCAAGCAUUGGGCGGGGGAGGUAAGGAGCCAGGCCUGACCAGAUGGAGAUGGGGUCUCCCUGGUAGGAGGCACAAAAUAAAUAUCUCAGAGAUGUUGACCCUGGAGGGAAAGGGAAGGGAGGCUCUGGGCUGCUGGUGAUUCUCACAGUUCACCUGAGAUACAGGAGCACUUCCCAGGCCUGUGCCUGAGUAUGAACAUGUGAGGGGCUUCUGGGGGGUAGAGAUGGAGAAUGAGGACCAGCCAUGGCAUUUUCUCCCCGCGGGUUCCCAGGGCAAUAGUCAGUGCAGAACCUCUGAGGGUCGGGAGGAGGCUCAUUUCAUUCACUGAGACAGGCAGCUCGGGGUCCCCUUGUCUAGUUGGGGCUCUGACCCUUCCUGGACCAGUCAGCAGGGCCUGAAAUCCAGGCAGUUUGUUUUUGUUUUUUUAAUUGGUUUUAGAGAGAGGAACAGAGAGAGAAAGAUCAGUGUGAGAGGGAAACAUUGAUUGGCUGCCUCCCAUACAGGCCCAAUAAGGGAUCAAACCCACCACCUUCUGGUGCAUGGGACUAUGCUCCAGUCAACCGAGCCACGCCCGCCAGGGCUCCAGGCAGUCUGGCUGCAGUGUGCCUUGUGCACUGUCGUUUAGCCCACAUCAUCUCCCACCCCAGCCGUGGUCCAGCACAGCAGCUUCCUAACCUCCCCCCCUUCCCGCCAAUCUGUCCUCUCUGCACACUUGCCAGACUCAUUUUUCUAAAACGAGACCAUUCAACAACAAAUAUUUGAAAACCUGCUGUGUGCUAGGACUGGGAUUCAGUAGUAAGCAAAGUAGACCCUGUGGAGUUCACAGGAAGCCAAUCACAAAGACAGUUAUUACUAAACAAAGACAGACACAUGUGCUAUGAAAGAAACAUACAUCACGGGGAUCAGAUCUUGUCUGUAGAUUGGAGAGUGCUUCCAGGAAGACAGCAUGUGAACACACGGAUGAACAGGAGGUACAGAGGGCAGGACGCAUUGCAGGGAGAGAUGCUGAGACUGGGCAGCUUGCUCCAGGGUCUCUGAGAAGGUGGGUGAAAGUGUACAACAAGCCUGAAAGGUGUGAAGUGGGCUGGAGCAGUGAGGGCUUGGCUUUCACCACACCUAGAGCCAUGGGAAGUCAGCAGCAGGCUCUGAGCAGGAUGGUGAUGUGUUUGAAGCAACCGCCCGGGCUGCCGGUGGAGGUCUGCAGGAAGCACGGUGUGGACUGGCCUGUGGGAGAGGACAGUGGGAGUGGGCCGAUUCCAGAGGGAUGUGAGAGAGAACUGCCCAAACUCGGUCAUGGGCUCGGCAUGAAGGUGAAGAGCGGAGCCAUGGCAGUGCCUGGUCCCAGCAGCGUGGCCGUGGGAGGCAGGGGCAAGGGCACCCUCUGUGUGAGGGAACAUCUUAAGUUCUGUGAAGGGCAUGUUGAGUUUUGAGUGUGCCUUUGAAACAACCAAGAGGUAUUGAGUAAGUUGGGAUUCAGAGGCUGGAUAGGGAGAUGUGAGUUGUUGGCAUAUGGCUCAAACCGGAAGGUGUGCAGAAGAUCCCUUUAGGAGGACAUGCAGAAGAGAAGGCCCACCAGGCAGGUGUAGAGGAGACGGGAGUGCCCUGUCAUAGGGGCCAAGGGAAGAGUCCACGAGGAGGAGCCAGCUUGUUCCCCACUUCCCAGAAGACACAGAAGGAGACAGUGCCUCUUGGAGGUCACUCCUCACUUCAGCUAGACCUGAGUUUGGUGGGGGCAGAUUCUAGAUUACAAUGGCUGGUGGAGGGUGCCGGCCAUGGGAGAAAGUCGACAAUCCUGAGAAAUUUAGCUCAUAGUGGAGAGGGUGGGAGGUAGAGGAUUUUUAAGAUGGCAGAGGCUUGAGUAAAUCUGACUGCCAAAGGGAAGGGUAUUCGGCCCUGGUUGGUCGUGGGUGGCAGCCAUUCGAUGUGUCCCUUUCACAUACAUGUUUCUCUCCCUCUUCCUCUCUCUCCCUCCCACUCUGUC